AUGGUAGGUGAUCAGGAUGUUGUGCUGGAUGUUGCGCCAUUGAACUCGGUCCCAGCCACUGAUCCUGUUGGCAGUAUACCAAGAAAGAUGCAUGCAAGAAAAUCAACUGGUGGGUCUGUUCCAGAAACGUUUUCUGCUCAGAAUAAAGAAGGGUCUGCUUAUGUCCACAAUGCGAUCGCAGGUCUUGUCACAAGAAUCUUGAAUGAAGGUCACAAGGUAGCAGGAAUAUCUGUUCCUUUAGCCCAAGUUCCUGCCCCUGAGAACAGAGAAGAUGAUCAAGAUGAUGCUAGCAAAGAUCAGGUUGAUGUUGAGACAUCUGAAGAUAACAAUGUUGUUAUCUCUGGUGCUAAAGAUGUUGAGACAUCUGAAGCUAAAGAUGUUGAAACAUCUGGAACUAAAGAUGCUGAGAUUCUUGAAACAGAGAAAGCUGAAAAGGUCCCUGCUACUCCUUCUAAAGAAACUCUUAAAGAAGGCCCUACUGUGAAUGAUGUGGUGGAUCUGGAUAAUCUUGAUGAUCCUAUUGACAUUGCUGAUGAUGACCUCAUCUCCAGCAUUUCCAACAUAGUCAAGGCUCGAAGGGGAAAGCAGGUUGAUGAUCAACAUCCUCCCAAGACAAAGGUUGCUCCUCUAAAGAAUGCCACCAAAGAAAAGAUCAAGAAGGUCUCUGCUGAGUCUUCAAGAACUGGGAGCAAGGUUGCCGUGAAGAAGAGAAAAGAAAGAAGUGUUUCUGACUCCGAAGACAAUGUCCUAAGUGAUGUCCCUGACAUCCCUUCAAAGAAGAAGAUUGCUGUCACAAAAUCCUCCAUAAAGGUCCGUGAUGUUCCCUUGGACAACAUUUAUCUGCACUAUGCUUCAAAUGCUAUCCAGUGGAAGUUUGUUGAUCAAAGAAGCCUGGCUCUGGAAAGAGAACUUGCAAAUGAUACUCUGGAAUGUCAAGAGGUCAUGAAGCUCAUCAAAUCUGCAGGUUUGCUUAAAACUGUUACUCAUUUUUCUAAAUGCUAUGAAAUGCUCGUGAAGGAAUUUAUAGUGAAUUUGUCUCAAGAUUGUGCUGAUGGAAGAACUGAGGAUUUUCAUAAGGUGUAUGUUAGAAGAAAAUGUAUAGAUUUUUCCCCUACUGUUAUCAACCUCUAUCUAGGUAGAGAUGCUGAGGCUCAACCUGAGCUUGAAGUAACUGACAAUGAAGUAUGCAAAGUUAUCACUGGUGGUAAGGUUAAGAAAUGGCCCAUAAAGAGUAAAUUGUCUGCUAGUCUUUUGAAUGUCAGGUAUGCCUUGCUGCACAAAAUUGGUGCUGCAAACUGGGUGCCUACCAAUCACACUUCUACCAUUGCUGUUGGCCUAGGUAGAUUCAUAUAUGCUGUGGGAACCAAGACAAAAUUUGACUAUGGGACCUACAUAUUUGAUCAAACUAUGAGGCAUGUUGGUACUUCUGCUACCAAGCUACCCAUUGCUUUUCCAUCCCUGAUAUGUGGGAUAAUCCUCAAGCAACACCCUGGAAUUCUGAAAGCUAAAGAUUCUGUAUGUAAGAGGGAGAGUGCUUUGUCUUUCCACUAUAAGCUGCUCCAAAGGUCAGAUGACAUGACAUCUGCUGGGACAUCCCAACCCAGCAAGUCUGUGAACAAAACCUUUCUCAUUGCUGAGCUGAAAGAAACUUGUAAAGAGUUGGACAACAGGAAGAUGAAGCUUGAACAGCUCAUUCAAAGUCUUGAGCAGUCUGCAGAGGAUGAUCAUGCUGGUGGAAGUGAUGGUGACAAUAUGGAUGAAGACAAAAAUGCUGAUAGUGGUGAUGAGGAAGAGGCUGAGGAUGGUGAAGACACUGAAGAUGCUGGGAAUAGUGAUGCUGAUGAAGAGAAUAGUGGCUCUGGUGAUGAAGAGGUUAGUGGCUCUAGUGAUGAAGAGACUGAUGGUUCUGACAACUAG